UCGCGUCGCUGCGGUCUUCGAGCCCAGUGUCCCGCCGCUGCGGCCACUGGGAGUUCUCGGUGCAGUGCGGAGCCAAGGGUCGGGCGAGCGGUCCGAGCGCCGGAGCGGCUAAGGAGAGGGGCAGGAGCAGCGGGCCGUGCGAGCGGAGCCCCGGACGAAGCGAGCGAAGCUCUCACAAACUUGUACGAGCGCCGGAGCUAUGAAGAUGGUCGCGCCCUGGACCCGGUUCUACUCCCACAGCUGCUGCCUGUGCUGCCAUGUCCGCACCGGCACCAUCCUGCUGGGCGUCUGGUACCUGAUCAUCAAUGCUGUGGUCUUACUGAUCCUGCUGAGUGCCCUGGCAGAUCCCGAUCAGUAUCACUUUUCAGGCUCUGAACUAGGAGCGGAAUUUGAGUUCAUGGACGACGCCAACAUGUGCAUCGCUCUCGCAAUCUCUCUGCUCAUGAUCCUGAUAUGUGCUAUGGCUACUUACGGUGCAUACAAGCAACACGCUGCCUGGAUCAUCCCGUUCUUCUGUUACCAGAUCUUUGAUUUUGCUCUGAAUACUUUGGUUGCAAUCACUGUGCUUGUCUAUCCAAACUCCAUUCAGGAGUACAUCCGACAGCUGCCUCCCAGCUUUCCCUACAGAGAUGAUAUAAUGUCCGUGAAUCCUACCUGUUUGGUCCUUAUUAUUCUUCUGUUUAUCGGCGUUAUUUUGACAUUUAAGGGCUACUUGAUUAGCUGUGUUUGGAGCUGCUAUAGGUACAUCAAUGGCAGGAACUCUUCCGAUGUUCUAGUUUAUGUUACCAGCAACGAUACCACGGUGCUGCUGCCUCCAUACGAUGAUGCCGCUGCUGUGACUGGCACUGCCAAGGAGCCGCCGCCACCUUACGUGUCCGCCUGAAGCUGGUGCCGAGAGCUGAGAGUAGCGGUUUGAGCCCGUAGCUGCAGGAAUGAUUCCGUGACUUCGCGUCCAGGACGAGCUCUUUGAGCCUGCUUGUCGUUAAAAUACCACAGUGUACAAUUUAGAUGUUAAGUUGAAGCCUCUGUUGUUUGACACACACCCUGUAGCCAAAGCACCAAGUGGCGAGGUCGUAGGAUUGUGUUGGUAGGUGUGGGGUACGAAGAGUUCCCAGAGUCUUUUUUAACACUGUAGAUGGCGUUCCCCGGCCUGGUUUAUACCUGCCUGGCCCUGAAGCCGAGUGGGCAGUCGUGCUUUUCCUCAACCCUUACUGUUUUGAAAGUAUAAAAUCAAAAUUAGAUAAUACUUGAAUCAUUCCAUAUCUGUGAUACAAAUUAUAUUAAUUGCUCUAAUUAGGUAGUUAGGAGCCUUUACAUAUGUGAUAUAAGAAUUUCCCUAUUCUCCCCAAAUUCAAUGAUAUUCUGAAUUUGUUGGUCAAGGAUUUUCUUUGGGCUAAAUAAAGACCCCGAGGUACUAGGGAGCAGUGAGGGAGGAGCUGCCCAGACUGCCUGUUGUUCUUGGCUGUGGCUGAUAUGUCUCCCUGGGGGAAAGGGGGACUCGCUUGCUCGGCCCUGGGAGACUCACACUCACUUUUCCUCGGUGUCCUGCACCAGCAAACCUCUUGCUUUGUGGAGCAGAACAACCCAUGUAUGUUUAGGAAAAGGUGUUCACACUCUUUUCUUGCAGGGUACAACCCACUUUGAAUUUCUGAGUAUGCCUAAUCAUUUAUUAAAAUGUCAUGCAGUCUUCAGGGCGAUAAGGAGGAGGCUUACUCCCGUGUGGACUGCUCUAGACUGUCUGGAUUGCGAAAGACAUGUAUGUUCAAGUCUGAGCGCGAGCAGCGCUCCUGCUUGGUCGGUGCUCGGUGUGCUGGACACGAAGGCUUUGCAAUUAAAGUUUGUCUGUAUCCAAGAAAA